AUGGCCUCGGAGUCGGUGAAGGUGGCGGUGCGCUGCCGCCCCAUGAACCAGCGGGAACGGGAGCUGAACUGCCUGUCCGUGGUGACGGUGGACUCCACGCGCGGCCAGUGCUUCAUCCAGAACCCCGGCGCCGCCGACGAGCCCCCCAAGCAGUUCACCUUCGACGGCGCCUACUACGUGGACCACGUCACGGAGCAGAUCUACAACGAGAUCGCUUACCCACUGGUGGAGGGUGUCACCGAGGGCUACAACGGCACCAUCUUCGCCUACGGCCAGACGGGCAGCGGGAAGUCCUUCACCAUGCAGGGCCUGCCGGACCCGUCCUCCCAGAGGGGCAUCAUCCCCAGGGCCUUCGAGCAUGUCUUUGAGAGCGUGCAGUGUGCAGAGAACACCAAGUUCCUGGUCCAGGCCUCGUACCUGGAGAUCUACAAUGAAGACGUCCGUGACCUGCUGGGGGCCGACACCAAGCAGAAGCUGGAGCUGAAGGAGCACCCGGAGAAGGGGGUGUACGUGAAGGGGCUCUCCACGCACACGGUGUACAGCGUGGCCCAGUGCGAGCGCAUCCUGGAGACGGGCUGGAAGAGCCGCUCGGUGGGCUACACCCUGAUGAACAAGAACUCCUCGCGCUCCCACUCCAUCUUCACCAUCAGCAUCGAGAUCUACGCUGUGGAUGAGCGGGGCAAGGACCACCUCCGGGCAGGCAAGCUGAACCUGGUGGACCUGGCGGGCAGCGAGCGGCAGUCCAAGACAGGCGCCACAGGGGAGCGGCUCAAGGAGGCCACCAAGAUCAACCUGUCGCUGUCAGCGUUGGGCAACGUCAUCUCGGCCCUGGUGGACGGGCGCUGUAAACACAUCCCCUACCGCGACUCGAAGCUGACGCGGCUGCUGCAGGACUCACUGGGCGGCAACACGAAGACGCUGAUGGUGGCCUGCCUGUCGCCCGCUGACAACAACUACGACGAGACGCUCAGCACGCUGCGCUACGCCAACCGAGCCAAGAACAUCAAGAACAAGCCACACAUCAACGAAGACCCCAAGGAUGCCCUGCUGCGCGAGUACCAGGAGGAGAUCGGGAAGCUCAAGGCGAUUCUGGCCCAGCAGAUGGGCCCCAGCAACCUGUCAGCCCUGCUGUCCAGUCAGGUGCUCCUAAACCCCAUCCAGACUGAGGAGAAGCCACUGCCCCCACCUGAGGUCCAGCAGGACACGGAGGCUGAGAAGCAGCUGAUCCGGGAGGAGUACGAGGAGCGCCUGGCCCGGCUGCGGGCCGACUAUGAGGCCGAGCAGGAGUCCCGGGCCCGGCUGGAGGAGGACAUCACUGCCAUGCGCAACUCCUACGAUGUGAAGCUGUCCACGCUGGAGGAGAGCCUGCGCAAGGAGACAGAGGCUGUGCUGAAGGCCGAAGUCCUCUUCAAGUCCGAAGUCACAUCCAGGGCCGAGUUUGCCAACAUGACUGAGUACCCGCCUGCUUUUCAGUAUGAGAUGGCUGUGAGCCCCGAGGUCUGCUCCAGAGCCGACCCUCCCAGGGAGGCUGAGUCCAAGCCUGGGCUUCCAGCCCGGUCUGAGGACCUGAUCAAGGUGCGGACCUCCAAGCAUGAGAUUUCUUUGGGGUCUGAUGAGUCAUUCACAUGCAAAGAAACGUCCGUGUCCGAGGCCUUCCCUGGGCUCAGGGAGCCCGCCAGCCUGGAGCCCUCCACUGUGCCUGAGGUGGAGGCCAAGAGCAAGUACUUCCUGGAUGAGUUCAGCCGGGGGGCCCUGCUGGAGGAGGAGCCCUUCCUCCAGGGAGAGGAGCCCCAGCUGAUGCCCCUGGAGCUGCUACCAGCCCUGCACGACCCGUUUGCCGCGGUGGAAGCCAAGCUGGCCAGCCUUUCCUCCACUGUGGCCCAGGCCGAUGCGCCCCCGGCCGACGUACCCCAGGUCCUCACGCAGCACCCCUCCCCGACAGAUGGCCUGGAGCCCAGUGACCUCAGGGCUGAAGCUGAGGCAGAGGGCGACCUCCUGCCCAGGACUGAGACUGACCUGGGCCUCGAGGUGGACAAAGACGUGGUGUUGGUGGCGGAGCCUGGCGUGGAGACCGAGGCCGUGGCCCAGACCUUGAUGGCCAUGGCAAGUUCUAGAAGGGACAGUGUGGCCGUGGAGGCAGCAGUGCGGACCGACGACCCGAUGUCCAUCGUGGACCAGCAGCAGGUGCUUGCCCGUUUGCAGCUGCUGGAGCAGCAGGUGGUUGGCGGGGAGCAGGCCAAGAACAAGGACCUGAAGGAGAAGCACAAGCGGCGGAAAUGCUACGCAGACGAGCGCAGAAAGCAGCUGGUGGCGGCCCUGCAGAACUCGGACGAGGACAGCGGGGACUGGGUGCUGCUCAAUGUCUACGACUCCAUCCAGGAGGAAGUGAGGGCCAAGAGCAAGCUGCUGGAGAAGGUGCAGAGGAAGCUUCGGGCGGCGGAGGUGGAGAUCAGAGAUCUGCAAUCAGAAUUUGAGCUCGAGAAAAUCGAUUAUUUGGCCACCAUCCGCCGGCAGGAACGUGACUUCAUGCUGUUUCAGCAGCUCCUGGAGCAGGUGCAGCCCCUGAUUCGCCGGGACUGUAACUACAGCAACCUGGAGAGGAUUAGGCGAGAGUCCUCCUGGGACGAGGACAAUGGCUUCUGGAAGAUCCCCGAGCCGGUCAUCAUAAAAACCAGCCUCCCAGUAGCAGUUUCAACAGGGCCACAGAACAAACCAGUCCGCAAAACCUCCGGAGCAGACAACGGCGAACCAGGCAUGGAAGAAGACCGCUACAAGCUGAUGCUCAGUCGAAGCGACAGUGAAAAUAUUGCCAGUAACUACUUCCGGCCGAAGCGGGCCAACCAGAUCCUCAGCACGGAUCCCAUGAAGAGCCUCACACGUCACAGCUCACCACCAGGACUCAGCUCCCCACUCAGCAACAGCUCUGCCAUCCCACCCACCCAGGCCCUGGAAAUGCCCCAGCCCCGGCCCUUCCGCCUCGAGUCCCUUGACAUCCCCUUUACCAAGGCCAAGCGUAAGAAAAGCAAAAGCAACUUUGGCAGUGAGCCUCUGUGA